AUGGAGAACGUCUCCGACAAACAGACUCAAAGAUUCGAGGUUAUUAUCGUGGGUUGCUCCGUUGCUGGUUUAACACUGGCCAAUGCUCUGUCUAAACGUAAGAUUAACUACGUCGUUCUCGAAUCCCGAAAACACCUGCCAUCGCCUCUGACCGGGAAUGCACUCACAUUACUCCCUAAUGGGAUGCGUAUACUGAGUCAACUUGGGGUGCUGGAUGAUAUUAAAGUUACUUCGCAGUCCAUCAGUAGCCACUCAACCUGGCUUGCCAACGGGUAUCUACUCAAAACGAUUAAUAUGAUGCAGCUUCCAUCUACGAGGCAUGGUUACGACUCGGUUGUGAUUGCCCGUUGGGAUUUAUUACAAAUCUUGUACAAUCGUUUAGUCGGGGACAGGAGUCGCAUCGCGUUUGAUAAGCGCGCAGUUCAAUUCGACCAAAGCUCGUCGGAAGUCAAGGUGAAAUGCGCCGAUGGAUCAUCAUUUGCUGGGGACGUAGUUGUCGGCGCUGAUGGAAUCCAUAGUGUCACACGGAGGGAAGCCCUUUGGCAUCAAGAUCUUGCUAAGACCCUUGGUAGAAUUCAAAAUAGGCCACUAGAGUUGACAUCCGAGUAUUCCGGCAUUUACGGCAUCUCAAACCCUAUACCUGAGUUACACCCAGGGCAAGCACAUCGAACUUAUGGGAACGGCUUCUCCUUUAUAGUAAACGUUGGCAAACACGGUCGUAUAUAUUGGCUUCUGUCAAUCAAAUCUAGAGAAACACGUCAGUACCCCCGGCUUCCACGCUAUGCGCAAGACCAGGCAUCAAUCGACGAACACGUACGACCAUUCUUGGAUGCCCAUAUUUCUAGCACUAUCCUCUUUAAGGAUCUUUAUAACAACUCCAAAACAUGUCUUCACGUUGGGCUCGAGGAACUGCUCUGUGAGAACUGGGUUUCAGGCAAUAUUGUGUGUAUUGGUGAUUCCGUACACAAAAUGACCCCGAAUUUGGCUCAAGGAGCUAACUGUGCUAUCGAGAGUGCCGCGUCUCUAGCUAAUCGCCUUGUCUGUAUCCUAGACAAACGCCAGGGCCGUGUCUGCUCUGACCACUGCGGGCGUGAGGCGAUAUUACAAUCCUGGGAAGCCUCACGAAAACACAGGAUGAGAUUCUUCUACACAUGCUCUUGGAUACUGGCUCGAUGUGAGAGUUUUUGUGGGGCAUUUUUCAAGGGUCUAGGAUUAUACAUCGGUUCAUAUCAUGGUGAGCAAGUUAUUAGCUACAUAUCAGAUAUUGAUGGCCAAACAGAAUACUUGGAUUUCUUGCCAGAGCCUUUGCGCGCAUCCAAAACGGUGUUGGAAAUGGAGCAUGGGACCCUCUUCCAUCUAAAUUAUCUAUUUGUAAAGAUGGCAUUUGCACUACUAGACAGUUCACUUAGGCUCUGGCAGUUUUGUUUCUCAUAA